CUUCGUCCCAUUUUCUUCCUGCCUUGUUUCCUGUGCUGCAGUUUGUGUGGGUCGGUAGCAAUGAAGACCUUUGUAGUCCUGCUGUUGUUGGCCCAGGCAAUGGUCAGCAGAGCAAUUGGUGUAGCUUCAACAGUAUUGCGCAGGCCAGACUGUGAUUCUCCUGAAUCUGAGGAGGCUGCCAAAGUAGCUGUUGAUUAUAUCAAUUCCCAUCAUCACCAUGGGUAUAAGUACACUCUCAACAAUAUCGAAGAGAUCAAAGUAAUUCCAAGGGUACCUCAAGGAGAAACCUUUAUAAUGGAGCUGGAGUUACUGGAGACCAAAUGCCACAUAGUGAAUCCCUUGCCUGUAGAAAAUUGUACAGUCAGAUCGCUUGCAGAAACGAAAGUUGAAGGUGACUGUGACGUGGCCUUAACAAAGGUUCAGGGAACCUUUACAGUGACUGGUUUUAGAUGUAAAUCCAGUCCAGAUUCAGCUGAGGAUGUUGCUAAACGGUGUCCAGACUGCCCCCAGCUGUUGGCCUCUGAAUGAUACCAGGGCACUAGACCUUGUCAGUGUUUCCCUUUCAAAGUUCAACACAGAUCCCAGUGAACCGGUUUACUUUAAGCUGAUGGAGGUUGGAAGAUUGUCGACUCAGACCUUGCCAUCUGGCCCAUCAUACUUUGCUGAGUACGCCAUAGUUGAGACAAACUGCACCAGUGACAUUCCUGACAAUCACUAUGAUGACUGUGUCCACACUAAGCAAGAGCCUGGCUCGCCAUGGAUUCUGCAUUGCCAUGGCUGUGACCGCAGGUCUCGGUGAAGAUAUAACUGUUGAUUGUGAUGUCUAUAAUGCAGAGGGUCCACCUAUCCUGGUUUCUCCAGAUCCUUCUGCUUCACCUGCUCUACCCCACAUCGUCCACCAUUAUCACCACGGCACCACGACAGGGGUGUCCCAGACCAGUCUGGUACACGGCCUCAAACAUUAUGCUCUGGGCGCCUCCCAGGACCUAGCAGGUUCUCUGUUCCUUUCUUCGGAGUCAGAGCAAGUCAUGACAAAAUCGACGGUGAAGAGAGAAAUCCCUGAUGAUCCGGCAGGAGUUGUCCUCCCAAUAACCAUGACCGCUGAGUCCCCUGUGGUUGAUGGAAAAGAAGUUCACAUUACACCACUAGGUCCGCCUUCUGGACCAGGCCCCAUAGAUCAAUUGCCUGCACAGCCCUUGCCAGCUGUAGCGGGCCCUCCACCACCAGCAGGCCCUAUUUUACCCAUCUGCCCAGGUAGAAUUAGACAUUUCUGAGUUUGUUUUGUGAUAAAGCUGGAACUACAAUUAAAUGCAAUACUGUUAUUUCUUGCGUUCCAGUCUUUUGCCAGAGAUUAUAUCAAGUCAAUGUAUUGUAAUUAUAUUAGGGAUGUUGGAUACAUGCUCAGUACAGAUGCCCCUGUAAAAUAGAUCUCAGUGGGUUUUUAUCCUGAAUAAACUGCUUAUGUACCAUAACACAUCCAUUUUUUUGUAAUCUUAUAUACUGAAAUAAAUACCAUGUAAAGACUA